AUGACGACUCUUCUUGAAGAAACGUAUUACAAUCCCUCGCAUACUGCCGGUUACGCGGGAGCACGAAUUCUGGAAGAUGUUGCACGCGAAAACAACUCUCGCGAUUCGGUGAGAAAAUGGCUGGCAGCUCAGGAUGCCUACACCUUACACAAGCCCGUGCAGAGGAAAUUUCCGAGAGCAAGGUACAACGUUUCCAACAUAGACGACGUAUGGGAAGCUGACCUGGCUGACCUGAGUUCCAUGAAGAGCCGCAACAACGGUUUUCGCUAUCUCCUGGUGGUCAUCGAUGUAUUGAGCAAGUACGCAUGGGUGGUCCCGCUGAAACGAAAGACAACCGCAACCGUUGCUGAAGGUUUCGAGCAAGUGUUACACACUACGCCGCGCAUACCCAACCUACUGCAAACGGACAAGGGUAAAGAAUUUGUCGGGAGUGCCUUUCAGAAGAUACUUCGCGACAAUGAAAUACGAUAUCGUGUUACUCGUAAUCCUGACGUGAAAGCAGCUAUCGUGGAGCGAUUCAAUCGUACACUCAAAGAACGCCUGUGGCGUUACUUCACGCAUAAAUAG